UCUCCUAGUUAUCUGCUCCUCUCUCUUUCUGAAUUCAUCCUUGUUUUUCUUCUCCCGUUCUGUUUCUCUCGAUACAAUCUUUUUUUGCUUUCUGGGUCGGGUUGGUUUGUGUUAGAAGAUGGGAAGGCAACCUUGCUGUGACAAAGUUGGACUGAAGAAGGGACCAUGGACAGCUGACGAGGACAAGAAGCUCAUCAACUUCAUCCUCACUAAUGGCCAAUGCUGCUGGAGAGCUGUUCCUAAGCUUGCAGGAUUGUUGAGGUGUGGGAAGAGUUGCAGGCUUAGAUGGACAAACUAUCUCAGGCCUGAUUUGAAAAGGGGCUUGCUAUCAGAAUCUGAGGAACAGAUGGUUAUUGAUCUCCAUGCUCGCCUUGGCAACAGAUGGUCCAAAAUUGCAUCUCAUCUCCCUGGUAGAACUGAUAAUGAGAUAAAGAACCACUGGAACACCCACAUCAAGAAAAAAUUGAGGAAGAUGGGAAUUGAUCCUGUCACCCACAAACCAAUUUCUAUUUCAAUUGAUCAACCACAACAACAGAAACAGCCAGAGCAAGAAAAGUGUUCUGUGGCUGCCAUAUGUGAAGAAGACCAGAACAAGGGACCAGAGACUUCCUUGCAGUCAUCUGUUACUGAGAUUACAGAGGAAGAAAAAAGUAGUACGAGCCCAUUUAGCCAUACAGAGAAAAAUGAUGCUUUCUGCACUGAUGAAGUCCCCAUGAUUGAAUUUGAUGAGAUUCUAGCCCCCUGCUUACCUUCUUCAUCAACUUCUUCCUCUUCAUCUUCCUCUGGUUCAUCUGGUAUGCUUGAAGACUUGCAGUUCUCAAGUUUUGACUGGCUUCAAUACGACAACAAUGGCUUCUGGGAUGAUUUCAACUAUUGGGACUUGAUUUGUGAAGAUGGUGACCGAAAACUAGCCGUUGAUUCUCCUCCUCGCGAGUACCCAAGAAUAGUUUUGGAUCAAGAAUCUUGGAAAUUUGAGCUUCUAUGACUUCUCAUUUGGGCAUGUUAUCAAUUGUUUGUUACAGAGAAAUGCAAAUAAGAAAAUUCUCAAAAACCCAUCUUAAAUCA